UGCAUGCAUUCUUGUUGUGUGCACAACCGCUGGUCCAUUGGCUCAAUUGCUUACCACCGUGAGGCGAGGCGACACACCUCCAGCACAGACGACACAGAGCAGGACGCACUGUCCGCAUGAGCUCCUCGGUCCAGCACGAGCGGUUGUACCGGCUUCUGGUGAGCAGCAUGCUCCCCAUCGUGGCAGUGCCCCUCAUGCUCAAGGCGGCGGAGCUCCGGCCCGUGCACGUGUUCCUGGCCGCGUUCGUCCCGGCCGCGCUGGCCGCCGUCUACCUCAGGCUCCGCCCGCGCGCCGUGUACAUGGUGGACUACGCGUGCUUCUGCCCCAGCCCUGGCCUCCGCGUCCCGUUCGCCGCGUUCCAGGAGCACGCCAGCACGUGCGUCGACGAGCGCAGCCUCCGGUUCAUGGUGCGGCUGCUCGAGCGCUCCGGUCUCGGGGAGGAGACCUGCCUCCCCGAUGCGCAGCACUACAUCCCGCCGGAACGCGAUCUCGGGUCCUCCCGCGACGAGGCCGAGCUCGUCGUCUUCUCCGCCAUCGACGACCUGCUCGCCAAGACCAAGGUCUCCGGGGAGGACAUCGACAUCCUCGUCGUCAACUGCAGCCUCUUCGCCCCGACGCCGUCUUUCGCCGACAUGGUCGUCAGCCGGUACAAGCUCCGCGAGGACGUGCGCAGCGUGCACCUUGCCGGGAUGGGCUGCAGCGCGGGGCUCAUCUCCGUGGAGCUCGCCAGGAACCUGCUCCAGGUCGCGCCUGGGGGCUCCAACGCGCUGGUUGUGUCCACGGAGACCAUCACGCGAAACUACUACACGGGCAAGGAGCGCGCCAUGCUCCUUCCCAACUGCCUGUUCCGGAUGGGCGGCGCCGCUGUGCUCCUGUCCACCCGCGGCCGCAACGCGCGGUUUCGGCUCGCGCACGUGGUGCGGACGCUGACCGGUGCCAAGGACAGUGCGUACCGAUGCGUGUACCAGGAGGAGGACGACCGCGGCAACGUCGGGAUCAACCUGUCCAAGGACCUGAUGGUCACCGCCGGCGACGCGCUCACGGCGAACAUCACGGCCAUGGGGCCCCUGGUCCUGCCGGCGUCGGAGCAGCUGCUAUUCGCGCUGUCCUUCGUGGCGCGCAAGGUGGUCAGCAGCAGCAGGAUCAAGCCGUACAUCCCCGACUUCCGCACGGCGUUCGAGCACUUCUGCAUCCACGCGGGCGGGCGCGCGGUGAUCGACGAGCUCCAGCGCAGCCUCAGGCUGUCGGACGAGCAGGUGGAGGCGUCGAGGAUGACGCUGCACCGGUUCGGCAACACGUCGAGCAGCUCGCUGUGGUACGAGCUCGCCUACAUCGAGGCAAAGGGGCGCAUGCGCAAGGGCGACCGCGUGUGGAUGAUCGGCAUCGGCUCCGGGUUCAAGUGCAACAGCGCCGCCUGGGAGUGCAUACACCCGGCGCCCGUGGCGGCCGACGGGCCCUGGGCCACCUGCGUCCAUCGGUACCCCAUCGACGUCCCCGACGUGCUCAAGCAUUAGUCGAGCCCCACCCAAGCUAUCUCGUCUCAUGCAAUUUCAGACGAACGCACAACAAGCUAUA